CCUUUGGUGAUCACCUUCAGAACAACCCCUACAAUCAGGAGUGCCUUUGGUGAAGGACUUGUGCUAUACAAAAGUUGUUGGACCAUGUUACAAUUCCACAACAAGUCUCUAUAAUAAUGCAUCCUUUUAGCCAUGGUGUUGUUGCUUUGACCAAGGACUUGAAUGGUCAUCAUGUCAUCCAACAUUGCUUGAAGAGUCUCUCAUGAAGACAACAAGUACCUUCUGAAUGAGGCGGCAAACAACUGCUUAGAGAUUGCUACAGAUAAAAGUGGUUGUUGCGUGCUCCAGGUCUGUGUAGAAUACUCUCAGGGAGAUACCAAGGAUCGUCUCGUGUCCGAGAUCAUUGGGAAUGCAUUGCAAUUGUCACAAGAUUGCUAUGGUUUUUAUCUUUUUUUUGUUGUUGUUGAAGAAAAGGGUUUAUCUGAGACAACAGAAUGGAAAUCUACACAAGUUAUGAUGGAAAUGCCUGGUAGUCCCAAGGAUUCGGUAAUGCUCAUCGAUCCAUGUGGGAUCUUCGUUGUCCAGACUGCAUUGGAGAUAGCUCAAGUGUGGACGACCACUGGAGAGCUUCUGCUUACAAUAUAA